AUGGAUGAAAUGCCACCAGGGUUUCGCUUUUACCCUACUGAAGAAGAGCUUAUUUCCUUCUAUCUACACAACAAGCUCGACGGAAAAAUAGGCGACGACAUGAACCGUGUUAUCCCGACCCUCGAUAUUUAUCAGCACGACCCCACCCACCUUCCAAAUUAUUGUGGGGAGCUUUGCCAUGGGGACACAGAGCAGUGGUUCUUUUUUGUGGCGAGGCAAGAAAAGGAAGUCCGAGGAGGGAGGCCUAGCCGGACCACGGCCUCUGGCUAUUGGAAGGCCACCGGCUCACCCACUUACGUCUACUCGUCAAGCAGUAGUAAUCAUAGCAAGGUUAUCGGGGUUAAGAAAAGUAUGGUCUUUUACAACGGAAAAGCUCCCAAUGGACGAAAAACCAAGUGGAAAAUGAAUGAGUAUAGAGCCAUUAAACAAGAUUUGCACACUUCUAUUCCAAUGUUGAGGCAUGAGUUGAGUGUAUGCAGAGUUUAUGUGGUCUCGGGGAGUUUUCAGGCAUUUGAUCGGCGCCCGACUCAUCAUGUAGCACAAAGUUAA